AUGGUGCAAAUUCAGAGGAGGAAGGUACUGGCAUCUUGCCUGUGCCUCGCAGCCACUGUGUUUCUGCUCAUCACCCUUCAGGUAGUAGUUGAACUGGGAAAAUUUGAAAGGAAGAAUUUAAAAAGUUCCAAGUUGCGAGGUGUAUCGUCAAACACCAUGAAAAAGACUACACACUUCUCUUCACUCCAUAAGAAGGAAUUACGGACAAGUAAGAGAUCAAAAUCGGAAGCUGAGACCUACCCCAUUAUGCUCUGGUGGUCUCCACUGACAGGAGAAACUGGGAGGCUAGGCCGGUGUGGAGCAGAUACCUGUUUUUUCACCAUCAACAAGACAUACCUUUAUCAUCCCAACACCAAAGCAUUCCUCUUUUAUGGAACUGACUUUAACAUAGAGAGUCUACCUCUGCCUCGAAAGGCUCAUCACGACUGGGCCCUUUUUCAUGAAGAGUCUCCCAAAAACAAUUACAAGCUCUUUCACAAGCCAGUCAUCACCUUAUUCAACUACACAGCCACCUUUAGCCGUCAUUCCCACUUGCCACUAACUACCCAGUAUCUGGAAAGCAUAGAAGUACUCAAGUCACGUCGCUACCUGGUCCCUUUGCCAUCCAAAAAUAAUCUUCGAAAGAAACUUGCUCCACUAGUCUAUGUGCAGUCAGACUGUGACCCGCCUUCCGAUAGGGACAGCUAUGUUCGAGAGCUGAUGUCUUACAUUGAGGUCGAUUCCUAUGGAGAGUGUUUACGGAACAAAGAUCUCCCUCAGUCGCUGAGAAAUCCAGCUGCCAUGGAUACUGAUGCUUUUUAUAAGAUCAUUGCACAGUACAAGUUUAUCCUUGCUUUUGAGAAUGCUGUAUGUGAUGACUACAUCACGGAGAAAUUCUGGAGGCCUCUGAAGCUGGGGGUUGUCCCUGUGUAUUAUGGAUCCCCGAGCAUCAAGGACUGGCUGCCAAAUAACAGAAGUGCUAUUCUCGUCUCAGAAUUUUCUCACCCGAAACAGCUGGCAAGUUAUAUCCGGCAACUGGAUUAUGAUGACAAACAGUAUGAGGCCUAUAUACAAUGGAAGCUGAAGGGUGAGAUCUCUAACCCAAGACUUCUCAAAGCCCUUCGGGAGCGGACCUGGGGAGUGCAAGAUAUCCAUCAGGAUAAUUAUAUCGAUGCCUUUGAGUGCAUGGUGUGCAACAAAGUGUGGGAUAACAUCAGGCUUCAAAAAAAGGGCUUACCACCCAAAAGGUGGAUUGCAGAAGUCACCCACCUGACUUGUCCAGAACCUACCAUGUUUGCCUUCUCACCUGUAGCUCCACGUUGGGGAUCUUCACGAGAGAUGUGGAUACCAAGCUUCAAGCAGUCUAAGAAAGAAGCACGGGCACUGAGAUGGAUGAUUGAUAGGAAUAAAAACUUCUCAUCCCAUGAGUUUUGGUCUCUAGUAUUCAAAAACUAA